GCAAUGCCGGUAGCUCAUCUGAUUGGCAAUUGAAACCCACAGUUCUGCAGCCUUGCCCCGCUCAACUUUUUUUCCUUGGGUCCCUGGAUAUUUUUUCUUGGAACAAAUGUUCCGUCUACAUUUGGUCUCUUGAAUACCAAGUCUCUGGUGGUCUCACCUACAUCAACACAAAUUCGAAGAGCCACCUUCUCCUCGAAAAUGGCGACCUUUGAUGAAGCUGCUUUGUCUAAAUUGACAGCUAGGCUUGAUAGUAAGCUUGCUGAAGCUAAGAGGCCUGACCAUAAGAGCUCUAAGGGCAAGAGGAAACUGGAUCAGUCCGCAGACGUUGCGUCGCCCCCUGCGAAGAAAAGAAACCACAAAGGCAGACCCGAUCAGUCGAAUAAGGCUAAGCCGAACGGGAAAUCACUCUCAAAUCCUGUAAAACCGAAUUUCCAGUCGAGAGAUCGUCCCUCCAAGCCCCAAGACAGGAAACACAAUGGCCCCCAACGAGACGACCCGAACUUCCUUCUCGAUGAAAUAAAGGCCCUAGGAGGUGACGAAGAUGAUUUUGCACUAGUUGGGGAUAUUGAUUCUGAUGAAGAGGCGGUUAACAACCAGACAUCAAGUAAAUCCGCGGAUAAGAAGUUACGUGACGAGCUGGCAACCUUCGCAGCUGGUCUUGGCUUUGAUCAGGUGCAACAAGAUGCUGGCAGCGAACAAUCUGAUGCUGAGGGCGAUUAUGACGGUGAAAUUGCAUUCACAAAUAACGAGAAGGAGGACGACGAGGCACAAGUAGACGACGACGACGAAGACGAGGAAAGUCUAACAACGCAAACUCCCAAAGGGAAAACGGUCUUUGAGCCUCGUCCGGAUUGGUAUGCUGUUGAAGUGAAAAGUCUGCCCGACCCAAUUUCAGACGACGUGGCUCCUUUUAUGGCAACAAUAACAAGCUUGAAGAAUUAUGCAAAGACUAUCCUUGAUGAGGAUACCGCUGCAUAUAACACCACAUUCGCGGCUUCGUCUUCUCGAAAAUUCAUGUCCACCAUUAUGUCCUCGGGUACUAUGUCUGACAAAGUGUCUGCAUUAACACUCGCCAUACAGGAAUCUCCGGCACAUAAUAUUAAGGCUUUUGACAAUUUAAUGAGCUUGGGGGCAAAGCGUAGCCGUGGGACAGCCUUAGCCGCUCUUGCUGCUUUGGUAGAUCUUCUCGGCCCGGGUAUGAUUCUGCCAUCAGACAGACGACUACGUACCUUCACGUCCCAGCUCGGUUUGAUCGGAACCUUGCAAAAAUACAAUGUCACGACAUGGUCUGCGGAGCAAGGAUUGCCUGGUAGGAUGACCAAAGCCCACUUGAUAUUGUGGUAUUUUGAGGAUUGGCUGAAAGAUGCCUAUUUCAAGAUGAUUCAGAGCCUUGAAGUAUGGUGCGACGAUGAAGUCGAGUAUGCCAGAACGAAGGCUAUUGACCAGGUCUUUGCUUUGCUCCGAGACAAGCCCGAACAGGAGUCCAAUCUUCUUCGUCUGCUAGUAAAUAAACUUGGCGACCGAGACCGAAAGAUUGCAUCAAGAUCAUCAUAUCUCUUACUUCAAUUGCUGACCACUCAUCCCCGCAUGAAACAAGUAGUCGUACGCUCAAUUGAACAAGACGUCAUCUUUCGUCCCGGACAAAACAACCGCGCCAAGUAUUAUGCAGUUAAUACACUCAAUCAGACUAUACUCAGCACCAAAGAACCAGAACUUGCAGAUUCCUUGCUCCGGGUCUAUUUUGGCAUGUUCCUGUCACUCCUUAAGAACGGAGAGCUCGGACACCUUGACGGUGCACUCGAGGGGUCCAAACCGGAGAAGAAGGGAAAAAAUAAAAGGAAACCCAAGUUACCGAAAGACGCUGAGGAAAAGACCAAGGCCGGUGCGGGUGAGACAGAAGCAGCUGAAAAGUUAGUCUCAGCAAUCCUUACUGGAGUAAACCGAGCGGUUCCAUUCUCCCAAGCCGACCAGUCAACGCUUGAAUCGCAUCUUGAUACUCUCUUCCGCAUUACUCAUUCCUCAAAUUUUAAUACGAGUAUACAAGCUCUCAUGUUAAUACAACAGCUAUCUGCAAACAGACAACUUGCUACAGAACGGUACUACCGGACUCUAUAUGAGUCACUUUUAGACCCACGUCUCAUCACCUCCUCAAAACAAGCGUUGUAUCUUAAUCUUCUAUACCGGAGUCUCAAAGCGGAUGUGGACGUUCGUCGCGUCAAAGCUUUCGUCAAACGAAUGUUGCAAAUUCUGAAUCUACACCAACCUUCUUUCGUUUGCGGUAUAUUAUAUCUUGCUAUCGAACUGUCUGUGGCGUUCCCCGAUAUCAAUACACUGGUCAGCGUGCCAGAAGAAAACGACAUCGAGGAGACGGCACCGUCUGGGGCACCAAACGGCGCUAACAACGACGCUAGCGAUGGACUUCAUGAAAAACAUGCUGUUAAUGUCUAUGAUGGACGGAAACGGAAUCCUGAAUACAGCAAUGCACACCUUAGCUGUUUAUGGGAGCUGCUGCCGUUUUUCAAGCAUUAUCAUCCAUCGGUCGAUGUCUACGCAAAAAACCUUCUCAAAGGUGAAAAGGCUGGCAAGAAACCGGAGCUAGCGAACCACACUCUUAUCGCAUUUUUGGACAAGUUUGUCUACAAGAAUGCCAAGGCUACUGAUCAGGCCAAAGGUGCUUCUAUUAUGCAACCGAUCGCAGCCAGUGGACAAAGCCAGGUUCUUCUGUCAAGCAAGUCAUCGAUGAAGGAUAUAGACUCGGUGAACUCAGCAUCGUUCUGGAACAAGAAGAGUGGGGAGGUAGCUGUAGAGGAUGCUUUCUUCCACGAAUACUUCACUCAAAUGGGCAAGCCAGGUCAAGCUGAACGCCAGCAGAAACGGAAGACCAAGAACGAUGCUACGGGUGACGAGGAAGAGGAUGACGAAGAGGCCAAGGAAGACGAGAUUUGGGAUGCUCUAGUCAACUCGCGUCCUGAGAUUCAGGAAGACUCGGACGAUGGAGCUGAUUUCGAUGAUAUGAUGAGUCUUGAUGACUCAGAAAAAGAAUUCAGACAAGCUAUGGAGGAGGAAGAUGAUGAAGAUGAAUUCAAUCUGGAUGAUUCUGACGUGGAGAUUAGCGGUGACGAUAUCGACGAUGAUGAAGAUGAUGAGGCUGAGGACCCCGCCUCUAAGGACGAAAAGAAAGACGGGAAACCGCAAUCAGAACGUACGAAGAAGAGGAAGGCUCUCAAAGCACUGCCUCUCUUCGCCUCUGCCGACGAUUAUGCUGAGAUGCUUGCACAGGAUGCAGACGGGAUGUAGCAUACAGAUAGUAGAUGGACUUUUAUAUAGCACA